UAUUUUCAAACAAUUACUUUUAAUAACAUUCCAUGAAUCUUACAGGCAUGAAAAUAGGCCUAUAAAAGAGAGACCUGUCUGGUUUUGGAACAUCAGGUGUACCCAAUGUUCAGGUUGCUCAGGUGUUGGAGUGUUGCUGUCAGUUGUGCUGAUUCACAGCAGCAAUCAGUUCACUUAGAGGGAACUCUUCUGUCCGACAGUGACCUCUGGGACGGAUUAAUGUCUCAAAGCCUCCUACAUAAACCGGACCUCUGCUGAGAAUCUGCCUGCUAAUCUGAAACACAAACGGACCCCCAGACUUGAUGCUGGAUUCGCGAACGGUCUGUGUCUGUUUGGAGGAAGUAAUCAACAAGACUCCGAUGAGAACCCAACAGACGCCCCUGCUACAAAAACCACAGAAGAAGGUGGAUGCACCCUUGAAGAAGGUGGACAACAGCCUGACGGAGGCCCAGAGGUUCUCCUCAUUACCAAGGAGACCAGCAGUCAACAUAGAGUUCAAAGAUGUCUCAUACUCAAUCAGAGAGGGACCCUGGUGGAGGAUAAAAGGUUACAAAACUCUACUCAAAGGGAUCUCUGGGAAAUUCACCAGUGGGGACCUUGUGGCCAUUAUGGGGCCCUCAGGAGCUGGGAAGUCCACGCUCAUGAAUAUCCUGGCAGGAUACAGGGAGACAGGAAUGAAAGGGGAGAUCCUGAUCAACGGUCAACCCAGAGACCUGCGCUCUUUCCGGAAGGUUUCCUGCUACAUCAUGCAGGACGAUAUGUUGCUUCCACACCUCACUGUGCAGGAGGCCAUGAUGGUUUCAGCCAACCUGAAGCUACAGGAAAAGGUGGAGGCUCGGAGGGAGAUGGUUCAGGAGAUCCUGACAGCUCUGGGGCUGCUUGACUGUGCUAAAACAAGAACAUCGCACCUGUCAGGGGGUCAGAGAAAGAGGCUGGCCAUCGCUCUGGAGCUUGUCAACAAUCCUCCAGUUAUGUUCUUUGAUGAACCUACCAGUGGUUUGGACAGUUCAUCUUGUUUCCAAGUCGUCUCUCUUCUCAAAGCCCUGGCUCGAGGAGGACGGACCGUCAUCUGCACCAUUCAUCAACCUAGUGCCAAACUCUUUGAGCUUUUCGACAAGCUCUAUGUGCUGAGCCAGGGUCAGUGCAUCUACAGAGGAAAAGUGUCCAGCCUGGUUCCAUACCUGCAGAACCUCGGACUGAACUGUCCCACCUACCACAACCCAGCCGAUUUCAUCAUGGAGGUUGCAUCCGGGGAGUACGGGGACCAGAUGGUGAGACUGGUCAGGGCAGUUCAGGACAGGAGAUCUGAGGAGGUCCAUCAGAAAGAGCUGAAUGGAGACGCCAGCCUCCACCCGCUUCUGUGGCAGGAGGAGAGUUCUUCAUCUGAAGGUUGCCACAGCUUCUCAGCCAGCUGCAAGACUCAGUUCUGCAUCCUGUUCAGGAGGACUUUCCUCAGCAUCCUCAGAGACUCGGUGCUGACCCACCUCAGGAUCUCCUCUCACAUCGGGAUCGGAGUUCUGAUCGGGCUCCUGUACCUGGGCAUCGGAAACGAGGCCAAGAAGGUUCUGAGUAACUCAGGCUUCCUCUUCUUCUCCAUGCUGUUCCUCAUGUUUGCUGCUCUCAUGCCUACUGUACUCACAUUUCCUCUGGAGUUGGGGGUUUUCCUGAGGGAACACCUGAACUACUGGUACAGUCUGAAGGCUUACUACUUGGCCAAGACCAUGGCUGACCUUCCCUUCCAGGUGGUGUUUCCAGUGGUUUACUGCAGUAUUGUUUACUGGAUGACGGCUCAGCCUCCAGACGCUGCACGAUUCUUCCUCUUCCUGUCUCUGGGAGUCCUUACGUCCUUAGUGGCUCAGAGCCUGGGUUUGCUGAUCGGAGCUGCCUCCACCUCACUGCAGGUGGCCACAUUUGUGGGUCCGGUCACAGCGAUCCCGGUGCUGCUAUUCUCAGGGUUCUUUGUCAGCUUUGAUACCAUCCCCUGGUACCUGCAGUGGAUGUCCUACAUCUCCUAUGUCAGGUAUGGCUUUGAGGGUGCCAUCCUGUCCAUCUAUGGUCUGGAUCGAGCAGACCUUCACUGCGAUGAAGAAGAUACCUGCCACUUCCAGAAGUCUGAGGCCAUUCUGAAGGAGCUCGACAUGAUGGAUGCCAAACUCUACCUGGACUUCAUCGUCCUCGCCAUCUUCUUCUUCUCUCUGAGGAUCAUCGCCUACUUCGUCCUGCGGUACAAGAUACGGUCUGAGAGGUAGACCAGCACUAGCACAGGACUAAACCAGUCAGUCUGCAUUUGGACUCUGAUGAGGAGAUGCUGUGUGUCUGAAGGUCUGGUUCAGGUCUUGCAGGGACUGGAGCUGGUCUCCUGGUUUCUGAAUAUUUUACUGUGCCACACUCUGAACUCAGCAGAAUAUAAGUCUCCCUGGGCUGGUUUCUGAAACAAGACUCUGAUCAAGAGACGUUCAGGGCCAAGAGAACUUUCUUUGUGAUGUUAGUGAAUCAUUGGUAGGUUUGUGAAUGAAGACUUGUGGACUCACUGAGACUGUCCCACAAAUAAACGUGUCAAACAA